AUGCUAUCGAACCAGUCGUUCAUCGGAUCUUAGAACCAGUUCGCUGUCGCCGAACAGAUGGCACGUCACUAGUUUGAAGUUUGUUUUUAUUGCAAGCGCCGAAAUCCCCAGCCGAUUUGCAAAAUCAUGAGUGCCCUGUUCAACUUCCAGAGCCUGCUCUCGGUCAUCCUGCUGCUGAUCUGCACCUGUGCCUACCUGCGCUCCCUCUUCCCCAGCAUCAUCGACCGCAACAAAACCGGGUUCCUGGGCACUUUCUGGAAGCUGGCGAGGAUAGGGGAGCGCAAGUCGCCCUGGGUGGGAGCCGCCUGCCUGAUCAUGGCCUUCACCGUCCUCUUUUGGAGCUGAGUGUCCACUGCGUGCUGCACUAUUUAUUUAUAAUUAAAUCAUCCUGAUUCCAGACUUUUGAAGUCUUGUAAAUACACACUGCGUUCUGCAGCACUGGCCAGGCAUUUUCGGCUUUCCCAA